AUGCCUGAUCUAACUGAUUUCAAAUUGAAGCCCUAUGUAUCCUAUAAAGCCCCUGAUGUUGUGCAGACAGAAUUUACUGCAGAGGAUUUAUUCAGUGUAGUGUAUGCAUCAAAAAUUAUUAAGGAUUUCAAAGAAGGAAAGCUGGAUGAGAAUGGUCAUUCACUAGAGCCUUCAGAGGAGGAAAAAAUGACAGCAGAAGAGGCCAGAAAUAAAGCUAAACAAACAGGAUCAGAUAUAUUCUAA